AUGGUUCAAGAGAGGAGAUCAUGCAGUAAGAUGAUGCUUUUCACUGCUGUUGUGAGUAUUAUGGUGGCGUUUUUUUUGUUGCUUGCUUUGCCUCCUUAUGACGACAACCGGAAGAUCGUGGCGGAUACAAAACCUGGAAAAGAUGCGCAGACGUUUUUUGCCUCGCUGGAUGAUUUUCGCUGCCCAAAUGUGGCGUACUUUCCGCGGGAGGAGGUUGCACGUCAUGCGUCUGAGACCGACCUCUGGCUGGUGAUCAAUGGGAAUCUGCUCGAUGUGAGUUCAUUCGUGCAUGAGCAUCCUGGUGGGUUGCUGAUAAUGGAGGGGGCCGGUGGUCAUGACGUAGCGGCUCUCUUUUCACAGUUUCACCCCCCAUCGACGGUGAAACUGUUGGAGAAGUACUGCAUUGGGCGUUUGAAGGAAUAA